UUCUGUCAUACAAACGGUAUUUUGGACUCAAUACGCGAAAGGCACGUCGAUUGGGAUCUAUGCUUUGUUCUCGUUGGAAUUAUGCAUCUGCCGGGAAGGAAGACCACCAUCGGGAUAUAUAUAGUCUUUCUUGUCUUGGAGUAUAACUGGGGAGAGGUAUCCGGACAGCUCUCCUAUUCUGUUUCAGAGGAGGUAAACCUUGGGACUUCUGUUGGAAAUAUCGCCAAGGAUUUACAUCUUAAUGUACAGGAUUUUGAGUCACGUAUGUUUCAGGUUGUUGCUGGUUCGAAGAAAAAGUAUUUCGAUGUCAAUUUGAAAUCAGGUUUUCUCUACGUCAAUGAAAGAAUAGAUAGGGAGGAGCUCUGUGCGAAAGCUGCAAAAUGCACAAUUAAUGUAGAGGCUGUGAUUAAUAAUCCACUAAAGCUAUACCGUAUUGAAGUUAAUAUCCUCGACGUUAAUGAUAACCCCCCGUCUUUCACUGCCAAAACACAGACUAUCGACAUUGCAGAGAGCAUAUUGCCGGGUGCGACAUUCCCUGUUCUGUCGGCAUACGAUGCCGAUGUUGGGAAAAAUAGUAUUAACACAUACAAGUUAAAUUCUAAUGAAUAUUUCUCUUUAGCGAUGCACAAAGGUGAGCGCGUGUCGGCCGAGUUAGUUCUGCAAAAAGCCUUAGACCGAGAAAAACAGGCUUUAAUUAAACUUACACUGACCGCUGUAGAUGGAGGAACACCUCCAAAAUCAGGUACAUCGGAAAUAAUAAUUAAUGUUUUGGACAUAAACGAUAACAUCCCAACAUUUACAAAAACAUUAUACAAAACGAGAAUUACAGAAAAUGCUCCACGUGGCACAACAGUCUUAACAGUGACUGCAACUGACGCUGAUGAGGGGCAAAACAAAGAGAUUGUAUAUUUAUUAAAUACAAAAGAUCAGGAUCAUGUUUUGGAUAUUUUUGAAAUUGAUUCAGAUACAGGAAUAAUAACCGUUAAAGGAGAAAUUGACUUUGAAACAAAUCCUGCCUUUGAAAUCCGUGUGCAGGCUGCUGACAGAGGCCAGCCUCCUUCAACAGCACAGUGUAAAGUACUAGUGGAGGUGGUGGACCUGAAUGACAAUGCGCCUGACAUCACGGUGACGUCACUGCUUAGUACAGUGAAGGAGGACGUGGAAAUUGGCACUGCCAUUGCACUAGUUUCAGUUAUUGACAGAGAUGGGGGCAACAACGGUGAAGUCAAAUGUGAGAUAUUAAAUUCAGUUCCCUUUAAAUUAGAGACGAAUUAUAGAAAUUAUUAUUCCGUAGUCAUUGGUGGAGCAUUAGACAGGGAACUUAUGUCCCACUACAAUAUCACUAUCAAAGCUACGGAUGAAGGUAGGCCCCCUCUCUCUGCAACCAGUGUGGUUAUUAUUCAGGUAUCUGAUGUAAAUGACAACAAACCAGUGUUUUCAGAGACUGUGAUUAAUAUUUAUGUGGAAGAAAACAGUCCAGUUGGGGCGAUUUUGAAAGCAGUAUCUGCAACUGAUGAUGACGUUGGUGAAAAUGGUCGGGUGAGCUAUUCAUUAGUUACCAAUAAUAAUUUAGCAUUAUUAAGUACAAUGUUGAACAUCAACUCGGAGACUGGAGAUAUAGUCAGCCUGCAGUCUUUUAACUAUGAGGAGUUAAACACGUUUCAGUUUAAAGUCCAGGCCACAGACUCUGGUGUUCCUCCUCUCAGCAGCAACGUGACUGUGAACGUUUUAAUUCUGGAUGAAAAUGACAAUAAUCCAACAGUCCUCGCGCCCUAUUCUGAGCACGGCUCCGUUAACAGUGAGAGCAUCCCCUAUUCUGCUGAGGCGGGAUACUUUGUGGCAAAGAUCAGGGCUGUAGACGCAGACUCUGGAUACAAUGCGCUGCUUUCGUAUCACCUCUCUGAGCCCAAAGGAAAUAACCUCUUCCGGAUUGGAACCAGUAGCGGAGAAGUCAGGACUAAGAGGAGAAUGAGUGACAAUGACCUGAAAACUCACCCCUUGGUGGUGUUGGUUUCUGAUAACGGAGAACCCUCCCUGUCAGCUACUGUGUCUAUUGAUGUGGUGGUGGUUGAAAGCACAGCUGACAUCCAGACCCAGUUCAGACAUGUGCCCAUAAAGGAGGAGAGCUUCUCUGAUUUGAACCUGUAUCUGCUGAUCGCCAUUGUGUCGGUGUCAAUGGUCUUUCUGCUGAGCCUCAUCAGUUUAAUAGCUGUCAAAUGCCACAGGACAGACGGCAGUUUCAGCAGGUACAGCGCCCCAAUGAUCACCACCCACCCUGAUGGGAGCUGGUCUUACUCUAAAUCUACUCAGCAGUACGACGUGUGUUUCAGCUCAGACACAAUGAAGAGUGACGUAGUGGUUUUCCCCGGCCCGUUUCCGCCUGUAGAUGGUGAACUGAUCAGUAUUAACGGAGGAGACACGUUUACCAGAACUCAGACUUUACCCAACAAUGACAAG